UUUCCGGUGCCUUCAACAAAACAACUCGCACCACCACGUGUUGUUCAUAUCGGAAACACUAACUGUAAGUGACUGUCAAGUCACCAAACGGCCGAGUUACAUUUAUUUGAAAGCUGACAUGUAUCCAGAGUCAUAAGGUGUCACAACUCGACUUACUCCACAUCUAAAUGUGAUGACGUCCCCAGUUGAAGAAAGUCUUCGUGCCAUUGUGAAAAUUAUACUCUUUAAAACAUUUUGUCAAUCUACAUAUUUGUUGGUGCUCGGAACCACCUUUGUUAGAGGUUGCCCCCCAUCAAAGUACCCAGUUGGAGAUAAGUGCUGUCCUAAAUGUGAUCCAGGAGCCUUCGCGGAAAGAAACUGCACGGACACCAUAAUCACCACCUGUAGUCACUGUGUCGAAGGAACAUUCACAAAUGAUUUAAAUGGAGAAAGAGAAUGCUUUCCAUGUACAGUGUGUAGUCCAGACUUGGGUCUAAAGACUCUGACCCCAUGCACAGUGGUGCAGGAUACAACAUGUGAACCUCUGGACGGAUUCUUCUGUAUAAACAGGACAGAGAACCACUGUACAGCAGCACAGAACCACACGAGGUGUCAACCAGGACAGUACAUCAGAAAUAAUGGAACAGCAGCCACAGACACUGAGUGUUCUGACUGCACUUCUGGGACAUUUUCUGAUGGUACAUUUACUGUCUGUCGGCCACACACACAGUAAGUGAGACAUUUAAUGUGACAUAAAACCUGCAUGAUCCAAUCCAAGACUUCAACAGAUCAGACUUUGUUCAGA